CUUCUCUGAACGGGUCGGUAGCAUAGGCUGGUUCAAAUGUGUAUAGAAAAAAAGCUCCCGUUCUGAGCCCUGAUUGGCCGAGCCCAUGAUAGUGGUCCGCGGUGAUUGGCCGCCGGCAGCAGAGGAGUUAAAGAGCUGGGGAUAAGGGUCAGAAAGCUUGGAAGGAGGGGAGUUUGAAUGAACAGGAAGGUGAACGAGGCGGGUUACAGGGUUUGCCGUAGGAGCUCUGAGUAAGAUGAGUGAUGAGAAAGAGGCAAACAUGCAGAUUACUCCAGAGAGUCCUGGGCAUCUAAGGGUCCAUAACCCCUUUGAAAGUCCAAGUGAUUAUAGCCACCUACGAGAACAGAUUGUGUCCAGCCCAACUGUUUUUAAAUCCACAAAACCUUCAGAGACUCCUGGGAAAUUCAGAUGGUCUAUAGAUAAGCUUGCUUUAAUCAAUCCUGUGGAAAUUGACUCUGAAGACAUAUGUCGUCAAGCACUGUAUUUAAGUCAAGCCAGAAUAGAUAAAGAGAUGGAAGAAAAAAGACAAAAAGCCAUUGAAGAGUUUUUUACCAAAAGCGUCAUCGUUCCAUCUCCGUGGACAGAUCAUAGUGGGAAACAGGUUUCUCAACUUAAUUCAACAAAGUGUAUGGAUGUAUCACCAAUUGGCAGAGAAGUAGUUGUACAACCUGGCAAAAGUAACGCUUCGUGCCAGACUGUAUUAUCUCUACCUGUAGAUUUUGACAUUGAAAAAAUAUUAGGUGAAUAUUUUAAAGCGGAUGAAUUAGCGGACCAAUCUCAGGAAAGCCUGAGUACUUCCUCACUAAGAAGAAAGCUCUUUUUAGAUGAGAAUGGGAGCCUCUCCUCUGGGAACUCAUCCCCUGCUCCUCACAGUCCACACAAUGUUCCAGCCUCCCUUGGAGUAUUGUAUUCAAUAGACAUAUCUCCAGUCCGCUGUCGAAGUCCUCUAAAUACAUCAAGCUCGGGCCAGUUUUCCUCCAGCCCUAUUCAGGGAGGUAGGAGGACUUACAGUCUGGGAAGCCUAUCCAGCCCUUCGUUUCUAGAGAGAAAUCUGGCAAAUUGUGCUUCUCCAACUGUCUCUCCAAUUAGUAUUCAGAUAAGAAAGACACCGCUAUCAGAACAAAAACAAUUCACUUUUCGGUCUCCAGAUGUGCCUUCUAUUUCAAAUGUAUGCCGACCAGCUCCUUGUGGUACCAGGAGUUCUUUUGCAGAAUGUUCUCCAUUAAAAAACUAUUCCCCCAUAAGAACUGUGACAUGUCGGGGAGGCACAGUGUAUCAGACCUCUCUCGCUUGCUUGCCUUCUACUCCUGAAAGCCCCAGUGAAAAGCAGGAGGAAGAGGUGGAUGAGGCCACAGCAAAUGUUUUGCCUGCAGAAAAUCCAUUCCCAGUACAGGCAAAAACCAACCUGCACCAAUUGAAUGGAGAUGCCUCCACACAUGGCACCCAUUUGGUGGUUGCCAGAGUGGCCCUUUCACCAGACCACUCUGAAGAAAACAAACAGGAAUUAGCAUUGAUCCAUGAUCUCCACAAUUUCAAAGAAAGCCAUACAGUGGAUAUGUAUGACCAAGAUGGGAUGAUGGAUGAGAACUCAGUAAAAGGAUCAGCUGAAAAUAGUGGCAUGACAAUCACUGGCUUGAACUUUGAAGGUUCUUGCAUCUGUAUGACUCCGAUUGCUGAAAGCAGUGUCACUCCCUGUGAGAGCAGUAGCUUCCAGGUGGAUAGUGGUUACAAUGGCCAGACUUGUUCCAGUAGUCUUAUGGACACAGUUGGACCUGAGACCAGUUGCAAAGAGAACGACCUGCAUCUUUGUGAGGGUCACAACAAUUUUCAUUUUUUCAGAGCAAAGCACGGAAAAGCCCUUCCUAGAUACUGGACUGAAAAUGAGUCUGCUUAUCAAUCCAGUACCAGUCUUCUGGAAACACAUUUCUCAAAGUGAUCUGCUUGUGGCAUGAUUAAUGUGCGAUCCUGUUUUCCAUGAAAAUAAUUAGUACUAUAGACACUUGCUCCUUUUCAAAACUUAGGUCAAGAAGAUUGUACAAAGCAAAUACUUAGGAUACAGUGCAUUGGUUUUAAAUAUUUGUCCUUCUCUUUUUAAGAGAUAUUUUUAUAAAAAUGGAAGAAUCUUUUGAACUGUUUUUUAUUACCACUGAACCUAGGAAGCAUAAUUCUUUAAUGGGCACCUUUUGUACCACACUUUAUAAGUCCUAACCACCUAUUUUAAUUAUGGAAUGAAACUUGAUCAACACAAUAAAGACUUCCUCACAAA